GUUGGUGUUGGCAUCAUGUUUAGCACGGACAUUGUGGGCCGAAUGGCCUGUUCUUGUGCAACACUGUUCUAUGUUCUAUAUUUUAUAUGUUUUAGCACACAGUACACUCCACUUACAAUGAUUUGCAAGUCCAAAUUUAAUUUCACCCAGCAACAAAUAAAGUGGAUUAAUGUAAAUACCUUUUCACUUCCGAUGAGGUAACUGGUGGACUUCUGUCAUCACAUGAUGAUGUCACACUGCUAGUUAGGCCUGGACAAAACAUACAGGGGCAAAAUAAAUGCCCACUCAGGACUUCUUAAUCUGGAGAUUUUAUAGAAAGUCUCCACAAACAACGAAGCAGAAGCAGAAGGAUUUACUCUGUGUUAAUGGCUAUCUUGUAAACUGGUAAAAGGAAUAUAGUGCAAAAAAUGUUCCUACCUUCAUUGACUGCCGUGUAAUUUGAGCCUGUAGGCGGCAGUGUUUCAUCAUGAACUGGUAGCAAAAGUUUCGAUGGCUGUUUUCAUGUGGUGUUCCCGAGAGUUGCAAUGAUCGCACAAUGAUUGUUUUGGAAUGAUCUAAAGAAAUGAAAGGAAAUAAUUCGGGAUCUUCUGAUGAAGCCCUUUAUAUCAGGUUUGUCACUGUGCUCCGUUGUUUUGGUCUUGAUGUUGAUCUCCAUGCAAUGCCCCAGGGAUCUGGAAGCGUUCCCGUUGCCGUCUCUGUCUGAUCUGUUCGCCAAGGCUGUGCACCGCGCACAGCUCCUGCACGUCGUUGCUGCAGAGACCUGCAAAGAUUUCGAACGAAAAUACAUCCCGGAAGAGCAGCGCCAUUCCCAUAAGAGUUCGCCUUCUGCUUUUUGUCAGUCUGAGACUAUCCCGGCGCCUACUGGCAAAGAAGACGCCCAACAACGAUCGGAUAAGGAGCUGCUGUUCUACUCGCAGCUUCUCAUUCAGUCUUGGCUCAAUCCAAUCCAGAACUGUCGGGCAUUCAGCACCGCGGACAGAGUCUAUGACAAAUUAACGAACCUAGAAGAAGGCAUCGAUGCUCUGAAGAAAGCUCUAGAAGAUGGAGGCUCUUCACAAGCUUUUACCUGGCUGACAUUUUCCUAUGACAGGUUCAAUGGAGACUUAAGUGAGGAAGCUUUGAUGAAAAACUAUGGCCUCCUGGCUUGUUUUAAGAAGGAUAUGCACAAAGUUGAAACCUACCUGAAAGUUAUGAAUUGCAAACGUUUUGCAGAGAGUAACUGUACUGUGUAGUGUAAGGUUAUAAACAAAAUCAGUGAGGAAAACUCAAAUAAAGACACACAAAAUGUUACAGAGCUUGUC